CCGCAAGGCAGUGCCGUAUGGAACUGUUUUUCUGUUUUUUAAUCCCACCACCUUAAUGGCCUAUGCUUAGGUUACAGGCCCGCGCGACGGGGCCCGGCGUAUGACAUGGCAGAAGGCUUAUUUAUGGCAUUUGUCUAUUUCCAUUUUGAUGAUACACAUUUGUUUUCCUGUUCCGUGACGCACACAACAAUCAACUGCUCGAGUCCGGUUGGCAAUUGCUUGAGGCGCGUGGACAACUCUCCACCACAAAGAGACUAGCCAAACCACCAUCCUACAUCGAAUCCGGGUGCCUCACUUCCAAGAUCCGACCCAAAAAGAAAAAGAACACCCCGGAUGGAUUCGAAUCUCCAACCCGACCUGCCCUCUCAAGUCAAGAAAACACUUUGAUGUCCCAUGCAGUACCAGAAAAAUGUGCAGCCUGAGCUCCAGCUCUUAAUUAAUUUUGUGGCCUUUAAAUUCCAACCCUUCAAAACUCACAGUUUUCGAAUAAAAUCAGAGUUUCUCUUACCCAGAACUCGCAGUUCUUGUGCUUGGAAAUGGAGGUUGAGAAGACUGGGGGCCAAGAAAUUGAAGCGCCUAAGAAUAUUACGAUAAAAGGGAUUCUGGGUCUGUUGAUGGCGAACACGGAUGGGAAUGGUGAUGCGAGAAAGGUGAUUUCUUUGGGGAUGGGGGACCCAACUGCGUAUUCUUGUUUUUACACGACUUCUGCUGCUCAAGAAGCUGUUGUGGAUGCUCUCCGCUCUGCCAAAUUCAAUGGCUAUUCUCCCACUGUGGGUCUUCCCCAAACUAGAAAGGCACUUGCAGGAUAUUUGUCCCGCAACCUCCCCUAUGAGUUGGCACCUGAUGAUGUUUAUGUCACAGCUGGUUGUACACAAGCUAUUGAAAUAGCACUGUCGAUUAUCAAUCGGCCUGGUGCUAACAUCUUGCUACCAAGGCCAGGUUUCCCAAUUUAUGGACUUUGUGCUGCGUUUAGACAUCUCGAAGCUCGUUAUUUUGAUCUUCUCCCUGAGAAAGGAUGGGAGGUUGAUCUCAGUGCAGUGGAAAAUCUGGCUGAUCAUAAUACUGUCGCGAUGGUUAUCAUAAAUCCUGGAAAUCCAUGUGGAAGUGUCUAUACAUAUCAACAUCUGAAGGAGAUUGCUGAAACUGCAAAAGGACUUGGUAUUGUUGUGAUUGCUGAUGAAGUUUAUGGUCAUCUUGCUUUUGGGGCUAAUCCGUUUGUGCCCAUGGGAGUUUUUGGAUCUCUUACGCCGGUGCUUACUCUCGGGUCAAUCUCCAAGAGAUGGUUAGUUCCUGGUUGGCGACUUGGUUGGUUGGUCACAAACGAUCCCGAUGGCAGUUUGAAGAGUCCGAAGUUUGUCGAGCGCCUUAAGAAGUACUGCGACAUUUGUGGAGGUCCUGCAACCUUCAUACAGGCAGCAGUCCCCGCUGUGAUUGAAGGAACACAAGAGGUUUUCUUCAAUAAAACCAUCAACAUACUGAAGCAGAACUCUGAUACUUGUUUUCAAAAGAUUAAAGAGAUCCGUUGCAUUAGUUGUCCUCAUAAACCAGAAGGAUCAAUGGCGUUCAUGGUGAAGCUAAAUGUUUCCCUGCUGAAAGACAUUAGUGAUGAUCUCGACUUCUGUUUCAAGCUGGCCAAAGAGGAGUCUGUUAUAAUUCUUCCAGGAGUGGCUGUAGGCCUCAAGAAUUGGCUCCGAAUCACGUUUGCCGCUGAUCCAUCUGCGCUUGGAGAAGCACUGGAGAGGGUGAAAGCACGCCUGGAACGAUGCAACGAUGAAGUAGUUGGGGGUGAUUGUCAACAGAUUCCAGUACCCGAAUGCGGAUUUGAGUGUGACUGGGAACAACUUUCUGGUAUAAGUCGCAUUGCUAGUUCGUGA